AUGGAUAUGAGAUAUUUGGAACUUUCAAAAGUCUUUGAUCUUUCAACAAAUGAAGACAUUUCUGUUCAGUGUGGAGUUCAGGUCAUCCAAUUAUCCAUUAACAUUUGCCCUCUGCACUUUGCUGGCUUUGAUCCUUUGACCUUAGCUCUGAAUGGCCAACAUGAUGACCCACAUUGUACAGGCAGAGUGGACAGUUCACUUAGUCCUCCCUUAAUUCGAUAUUCGUUCAUUAUCAAUGACACUGGCCUCAGCAGCUGUUCUAAUAAUUUCCAAAUUCUUGAUGAAGGGCCUGGAACUGGAGCCUUGGGCCAAUUUUCCAAUCUCCAAUCUGUUGUCAUAUCUGGUUUCAUUGAUUCCCCAAACAAUGGUAUGUCAGUGAUCAGUUACAGUCCAGACGUCUUCUUCAAAUUCUCCUGCAAAUACCCACUCGAAUAUAUCCUCAACAACACAAAGCUCAAAAUCUCUUCAAUUUCGAUAGCAGUGGCCACGAGUAAUGGCAGCUUCAGCAGCUCUCUCACUCUGCAGCUGUACAAUGAUGAGAGCUUCACUUCGCCACUGAUUAUCCCUGAAUCAGGGCUCCCGCUCAGAUACAAGGUUUAUGUUGAAGUCAGCAUUGGAAAUCUAACUGCGAAUUUUAAUGUCCUAUUGGAACACUGUUUUGCCACACCAUCACCGUUCAACAUGUCUGCACUAGAUACUGGAUACACCUUCUUCAUUGGGUGCAACAUCACUCCUCACACAAAUAUCAUCACGAACGGUAUCAGCCAGGAAUCACGGUUUGUUUUUGAUGCGUUCCGCUUUACUGAGCACAGUGACAGGGAACUCUCUACAAUCUACGUGCACUGCGUCACCAGACUGUGCGAAGCUAAAUCCUGUCACACAUUGCUAAAGGGCUGCUUCAGAGCUGGGAAGAAGGGGCAAAGACGAGAAGAUUUCCCCCCUGAAAGAGUAACAACAGAAACCUUCACAGUUUCAUCUGGACCCAUUUACACCAGUGAAGCAGACUUCGAUGAAUGA